AUGGCACACGUCGUUCCAGGAGUCCCAGGCACCCGCUUUCCCAAGCACUAUGCCAUGAGCAAGUGGAACGAAGACCAUCUGCGCUUUGAGGCAGACGCCUAUGAGCUCGAGGUCAUCGGAUCAAUCCCUACCGAGAUUCAUGGAGUCUUCUACCGCGUCCAACCAGACCACGCGUUCCCACCCAUCUUUGCCGAGACCGAGAUCCCUCUCAACGGCGACGGCAACGUCAGCUCCUUCACUAUCAAGGACGGUCAUGUGGAUUUCAAGCAGCGCUACGUGCGCACGCCUAAGCUUAUCGCAGAGCGUGAGGCCAGGCGCGCCCUCUUUGGCAGAUACCGAAACAAGUUCACGGAUGAUCCCCGAGUGCAGAAUGUUCUCAAGGGCACCACGGCCAAUACUCAUGUUGUAUUUCACGACAACAAGCUGAUGGCGCUCAAGGAAGAUGCUCGCCCUAUGGAGCUUGACCCCAUCACGCUUGAGACCCUCGGCUAUAUUGACUAUCACGGCACAAUGCGUGCCCCCACGCACACUGCGCAUCCCAAGGCGGACUCUGCCACGGGAGAGCUUGUGUCCUACUCUUAUGAGGCUGCGGGUGAAGCAACCCCGGACAUCUGCUCCUUCACCGUUGACAAGGACGGCAAACUUUCCGAGGAGGUCUGGUUCAAGGCACCAUGGCCCUGCAUGAUCCACGACUUCUGGGCCACUGAUAACUGGGUCGUCUUCCCUAUCAACGGUCUCAAGGCCAGCUUAGAGCAGAUGAAGGCUGGUGGUGACCACUUCUACUGGGACGAGAACCUUGACUACCAGCUGCUUGGCGUAAUUCCUCGCAGAGGUGCCAAGCCUGAGGAUGCAAAGUGGUUCAAGACACCUCAGGGUUGCUACUCGCACACCAUCAACGCCUAUGAGGAGGAUGGCAAGCUGGUUCUCGAUGCAAACGUCUGGACCGACGUGCACUUCCCAUUCUUCCCCAACACCAAGGGCGAGAGGUUCUUCACUGAUCCCCGCAAGGUCAAGGCACCCAUCCUCCGCUACAGGUUCGACCCCACGGCCAGCACGGACAAGAUGAUCCACCCUGAGGGGGUGCUCGUCGACGGUGUGAAUGAGUUUGGCCGCAUAGAUGACCGUCUGCUGGGCAAGAAAUAUUCGCGCGUGUGGAUACUCAAAAUUGAUCCCACUCGCCCUAUCAAGCUCAACGACCACGAGGAUGCCGUUGGAAAUGUCGGUUUCAAUACCCUAGUUUGCUUCAACUUUGACACUGGAGAACUGCAGUCAUACCGUCACGCAGACGAUACCACAUUCCAGGAACCCGUCUUUGUACCCAGACACGAGGGUGCUGACCCUGAGGACGGGUAUAUCCUCGUUGUGGCUGAUCGGUAUCGCGAAGGUCGCAAUGUUGUGCUGCUUUUCGAGGCUUCUGACAUCACGAAGGGACCCCUUGCUGAGAUCAAGCUCCCUUUUAAGUUAAUGGAUGGCCUGCAUGGUAGUUGGGUGGAUGGCAAGGAUGUUGAUGCAGCUAGAGCGGCCAGUGAGGCCCGACGAGCGAAUGGAACGAAUGGAGUUGCUCAUUAA